CACUGCUGUUAUUGGGUGUAAUCUAUCUCAGCUGUUUUACCUUGACUUUGUUUACAUUUUUCGAGUUUAUUAACAUUUAAACAAAGCUUAACCAUAAAUAAAAUGGCCUCAGCGACCAGUUCAAGUGCCCGGCAUUUAUUCGACGACUCCAAGAAGCGAUUGUGUGCCCGCGUGGGUGUGAAUGUGAAUAAUUUGGGUUCUGUGGCCCGCCAAGUAGUCCGAGGUUCCAAGAGCAAUGAGAUCAUGCACCAAACCCUGAAGAACUUCACCCAAGUUGACGUGGUCUCGGAUUAUAGCCACCAGAAUUUGCAGAAGAUGACACUGAUCCUGCAGCACGUGGGCUACCAGUACGAUGUGAUGCAGGAUAGUGUCAACCACUUGGAUUACCUCAAGGAGCAGGUGACGGCCAUGGAAAGAUGAUUGGAAGAGCAAAAGCCUAGACACUAGCAGCCCCCUUGACCUCCGCCGUCAGUUUAGUUUGUCCCAAGCCAUCUAUCCAUAAAUAUCUAUAAAUCCCGUAAGAUAGGUCCCAGAAGGUCAGGGGCCACCAAAAAGAGUUGGGUCUGCCGAUAAGAUAAGCCGUGUGACUUGGAGUUCCCGUAUAAAAGACCUGAACUACACUGAUUUCCAUCGCAGUUGGCAAGCAAAGAAAAAAUGAUGAGCUUGGAUUUGAGACUGGCAGUUGCUCUAUGUCUAAUCUGGACGACGGCUGCCCAAAACUCCACGGACGGCGGACAGGACGGCCGCAUUGUCGGCGGCUGGGAGACGCACAUCACCUUCUUCCCGCACCAAGUAUCCCUGCAGUUGGGCACCCGCCAUGCAUGCGGUGGGACCAUCUUGUCACCCACCAUCAUCUUGACUGCUGCUCACUGUGUGCUGGAGUACAGCAAACCGCAAUAUUACGCGAUUCGAGCCGGAUCCAGCGAUUGGACCAAGGGCGGCAGCUAUAUACGCGUCCAACGGAUCAUACCGCAUCCCAAGUUCCAUGAGCCCACGAGGAUGAACAAUGAUAUUGCCAUUGUUCAGCUGCAGCAACCCCUUGUCUAUAGCCAGGAUAUACGACCCAUUAGCUUGGCCACCAAUCAAGACGUCGUAAUGCCGACUGCCCAGCUUUUUGUAAGCGGGUGGG